UUGGUGCUAAAAGGUUAUUUAGCAUGUAUACGGUCAAUCCUUCCGCUUCACCGUUCCAUUUAUACUUCCACAUGUCUCUCAAAAAACACUAGAUCAGGUGUAGUUCGUAGGACAAGAAAUAUGUCUGAAGCUUUAACGUACGAACGGUCUAAAAAGCCCCAUCAGAUCGCCGUUCUUAAAUCUUGGAAUUCUUGGAAUACAAGUAAUAUACAUGGGGAAGAUCAUUACACUGGCGUUAUAACGUAUCAAGAUUCUCUUAUACGACUUUUUAUCAACGGAACAUUUCCCACUCAUGUUCUUAGUGAGGUAAGGUUAACAUAUUUAUUGCUAAUCUGCUUCAACUUAUCCAACCGAAUUUCUUCUAGUGAGCUGUAUUUCCUUACUGGAUAUGCCGAACAAAUGCUCUCCUAUCUUUUACGAUGCCCUGUAAAGAUCGAGCCUAGAAUGAUUCUUAAUCCCAAGGAUGUUAUAUUCCGCUAUAUUUAG